AUGUCGGAUAUUGCGAGACAGGUUGUACGAAACGAGCCCAUCGUUAUGGCAGGAAUCCGCGGAGACAUACCCCAGCUGAAAGAUCUCCUUCAGCAGCCUGUGGUUAGUAUCAGUAUCAGAGACGGUAUUGGAGACACAGCACUCUUCGCCGCUGUCUGUCAUGACAAACUCGAUGCUGCCACCCUCCUGCUUGAAGCGAAAGCAGAUCCCAAUAUCCAGAGCUUUGACUCGUGGGCAGCACUUCACGCCGUGAGCCGUAGCGGCAACGAAGACAUGGCUGCUCUAUUGCUAGACUGGAAAGCCAACCCUGAGGUCGUGGAUAAAGCUGGCUGGACACCGCUUCACGUGUCCAGUCUCUACGGGACAAAUGCCAUCGCAGGUCUUCUUCUUGAGGGAAGAGCAAAUCCGAAUGCGCAAGCAUUAGACGGUUUAACUCCUCUCCACACUGCGGUAGACUUCGGACACAGAGAUGUGAUCCUGAAUCUCGUCAGACAUGGCGCCCAGCUAGAUGCCAGAGAUCAUAACGGCCAAACACCACUUCACAUAGCAUCAAUGAAGAGGCCGUUUCCCCCUCCUGUAUCCCUCCUGCUAGAUCUCGGGGCAGAUCCCAAGCUAGCGGACGAGAAAGGAUAUACAGCCCUCCAUUUUGCCGUUGAAGCAGGCCAUGAUCCAAGCCUAGCCAUUGCUCCCCUCCUUCAACAAGGCGCCGAUCCGAGUAUUGCGGCGGCUAACGGCUGGACACCACUUUUAUCAGCGAUUCAUCAGAUGACCAAGCCAGGUGAUCACGGCGAGGCCAUCCUCAGGACCAUACUUGAUAAAAGUCCCACCGAUAUAAACCGCAUAUCAACCAUCUCUUCGGGCGAUACAACACCCCUGAUUCUAGCUAUCCAGGUCAGAAGCCAGCGAGCAGUUGAACUCCUCACAACACAUGGUGCAGACAUUGCCCUUCCGGUAGAGAGGGACGGCCAGCAUAUCACUCCUGUUCUCCAAGCCGCUGCGUGCUACAACCCGGAAGAGGUCGAGAUACUUCGGCACCUGGUCAGGGAUGCAAGUAUCAAGGAAAAGAUGGCGGGCGACCUCAGCCUGGCUCAUAUUGCGGCCCUCCAUGGGCAUACUGACUCUUUGCGACUCUUGUUGGGAUACAGUGUAGAUGCCAACGUAGUUGACGUAGAGGGAAGAACACCACUACACUUGGCCGCACGCCAUAGCCACCCGGAGUGUGUCUCACUUCUUCUAUCACAUGAAGCAAACACCAACGCCAAAGCAAAGACAGCCAUAGAAGCACCCCUCUACAUGAAGCCGCGAGCAGCGCGGAUGAGGACUGUAUCCGGCUACUACUAG